AUGGGACGGCGCCCGCAGCUCCGGCUUGUCAAGGCCCUUCUCCUCCUGGGGCUGAACUCCAUCUCUGCCUCCCUCCAGGACCAGCAUUGCGAGAGCUUGUCCGUGGCCAGCAACGUCUCUGGACUGCAGUGCAAUGCUUCCGUGGACCUUAUUGGUACCUGCUGGCCCCAGAGUCCUGCAGGGCAGCUGGUGGUUCGACCCUGCCCCGCUUAUUUCUACGGCGUCCGCUACAACACCACAAACAACGGCUACCGGGAGUGCCUGGCCAACGGCACAUGGGCCGCCCGCGUGAACUACUCCGAGUGCCAAGAGAUCCUCAGCGAGGAGAAGAAGAGCAAGGUGCACUAUCACGUUGCUGUCAUCAUCAACUACCUGGGCCACUGCGUCUCCCUGGUGGCCCUCAUGGUGGCCUUUGUCCUCUUUCUGCGGCUCAGGAGCAUCCGGUGCCUGAGAAACAUCAUCCACUGGAACCUCAUCUCAGCCUUCAUCCUGCGCAAUGCCACGUGGUUCGUGGUCCAGCUCACCAUGAGCCCCGAAGUCCAUCAGAGCAACGUGGGCUGGUGCAGGCUGGUGACAGCCGCCUACAACUACUUCCAUGUGACCAACUUCUUCUGGAUGUUCGGCGAGGGCUGCUACCUGCACACAGCCAUCGUGCUCACGUACUCCACGGACCGGCUGCGCAAGUGGAUGUUUAUCUGCAUCGGCUGGGGUGUGCCUUUCCCCAUCAUUGUGGCCUGGGCCAUUGGGAAGCUGUACUACGACAAUGAGAAGUGCUGGUUUGGCAAAAGGCCUGGGGUGUACACUGACUACAUCUACCAGGGCCCAAUGAUCUUGGUCCUGCUGAUCAAUUUCAUCUUCCUUUUCAACAUCGUCCGCAUCCUCAUGACCAAACUCCGGGCAUCCACCACCUCUGAGACCAUUCAGUACAGGAAGGCUGUGAAGGCCACUCUGGUGCUGCUCCCCCUCCUGGGCAUCACGUACAUGCUGUUCUUCGUGAACCCCGGGGAGGAUGAGGUCUCCCGGGUCGUCUUCAUCUACUUCAACUCCUUCCUGGAAUCUUUCCAGGGUUUCUUCGUGUCUGUGUUCUACUGCUUCCUCAACAGCGAGGUCCGCUCUGCCAUCCGGAAGAGGUGGCACCGGUGGCAGGACAAGCACUCAAUCCGCGCCCGCGUGGCUCGCGCCAUGUCCAUCCCCACCUCCCCGACGCGUGUCAGCUUUCACAGCAUCAAGCAGUCCACAGCAGUGUGA